AUGAGGACGGGUGUCCUGUGGGGCCUGCUGGCCCUGCUGGGUCAGCUCACGCUGGUGAGCAGCCACAUACUGGGGAGGCCGUCUUCCACCAGCGAUCUCGUUCAGCUCAAGACUUUACUGGAACGCUUUGAGGAGACUCUGGCUGAAGCAGCCCAGGAUGAGGACUCUGAAGCUGAUUAUGAAGGGACAAACCAAGAGCCUAAGCGCAGCCAGGACAGCCCAGGAUGGAGCCUGGACCAGGAGGGGGACCAAGAGCCUUUGCUAUCAGAAAGAUCUCAAUCGCCAGCUGAGGGCCACAGCAGGGCCGUGAGUCAGAGGAGCCGGCUGCAGGACCUGCUGCUGACGGCCAGGAAACGGGCCUCAGGCUGCUUUGGAGCCAGGAUGGACCGAAUAGGAAACGCCAGCGGUCUGGGAUGCAACAAUGGAAGAGGGUAG